AUGAAGAUUUGUUUGAUUAAUUCGUCAUACGAAGGAGUUGACUCCCCUUUCGAGAAGUAUGAUGACUUUCCCGACCCUAAUCGGUAUAUUCCAAAAGACCGGCAUGAGUUUUUCACUCGUUACGUCACCAAGAGAAAUGCUGAGGCGGAGAUUGACGAGAUUUGCAAAGAACAUUUUGAUAUGUUCAUGAAUUACAUGUGGGGCAUCGAAACCGACGAUGUGGCAGGAGUUGAAGCCACCAGAUACCUCGAAACCAAGGGUGUUCCCAUCCUCACCAACCCAUCGACAUUUCUAGCAAAGAAUAAAGUCGAUCUCCAGAGGGCCGCUGAGAAAACAGGUCUCCGUGUUCCCGAAAACACCCCAGGGAAAUACCCCAAAAUUGUCAAGUACUCUGACGGAUAUGGUUCGUUGAGUCUGGAUGAGGCAUCAAUCUGCUACACGGAGAAAGAAGUGACGGAUCGCGUGGCCCUUUUGCAGGAGAAAGAAACACCCUUUGGCAUCAUCGUCCAGGAUUAUAUCAUCGGCCGGGAAUGUUCUGCUAUAGUUGUGGAAAUGGGAAAGGAGGUGGUGGCAUUGACACCGCUGCAAUAUGUCUUUCCGAAAGACACUCCCGACAACGAAGCCUUCUUGACGUGGUAUAACAAAUUCGAAGCUGUUGAUAAAGGCACCAUCAAAUAUGCAUUUGUGGAAGAGCAGCCUCACAUCAAAAACCUCCAGAAUGCGGCUGUGGACGCAUUCAAAGCAAUUGGUGUCAGCGGUGGUGGUGGGUGGGCCCGUGUUGAUAUGCGUCUGGAGGAAAGAACCGGGCUUGUCUACGUGAUUGAAGUCAAUUGUAUCCCCGUGGUCUUUUACCCAAAGGGAAACACACUUGGUGAUGACCUUGUUGUGGGAGAGAGAUUUCCUGGUGGCCAGGCUGCAUUUUUUGACAUGUUACUAGCGACCAAGCAGAUGCAGCUUGGGUGGCACCGUGUUCAAAAUGCUCAUGUCGCCGAGGUUUACAACAAAUUUGCCCCCUCGUACCAUUCCGUGUGGAGCAAUUCGGAGCUCUCUGAGAUGCAAAAGUACCUUACUACCAAUUGGGACUAUUCGGGUACAGUUCUUGAUGUUGCAUGUGGGACUGGUGGAUUUGGGCAGUUUCUCCAUGCUCAAGGGAUCCAAGCCGAGGUGACUGGCAUUGACCUAUCACCCGGCAUGUUGGAAAACGUGGAACAUUACAGGGAACUUCGAGUUGGGCCAAUGGAGGAGCAGAUCAUGGGUGCUGGUGAAUAUGACCAUAUCGUAUGCUUUGGUGCCCUCCAUUUCCUUGGUCCUGUCUACCUCAAUGCUGUGCUCGCACGGAUGUUUAUGCUUGCACGCAAAUCGGUUUCGAUCUCGGUAGACGACGUCAGCGACGAAUAUAUCCAGGCAAUCAAAGAGAAGCAUGGUGAAUUGACGUUUAAUGCCAAUCAUGUCAAGGCCAUUGAAGAGUUCGGAAUUCCAAAAGGAUGGAAACGAGUCUAUCACGAGAGGAGGCUUAUGUAUUCUUCUCCAACCAAUGGAGAGAAGGUUUAUGGAUAUGGGAUGCGCUUUGAGAGAGCAGAUGCCUAG